AUCCGUUUAUAUACCACCUUUUUACUCUUAUUAUUUGAAACUCAACCUCAUACAAGCCGCGAAGGCUCUCAGGUGUUACAUACGCACACUAAGUGCGCUUCCCUAGCUACGAUGGCCGACUCCAUCCUUGAGUCUCUCCAGCCGGUAGUGGAACAAUUAAAGGACAUGCGGCCCUUUCUACCAACAUACGCCCACCUCCUCGUAUCCGCACUUAUACCGAUAUAUACAGGAGCUCAUGCUUCAUUAUCACGCCCCUCAUCAGCAGCCAAACCGACGAAGAAAUCCAGAGCUGAGUCUGAAUCCGAAGACGAGGAGGAAGAUGAGGGAAAGGACACAGGCAACAAGAUGGAAGGAUUGGAGCCCUCAGAUGCUCUCAUGUUCCCGUUGAUUGCAGGCUUGACUUUAGGCGGUCUCUAUUUGAUCAUCAAGUGGCUGAAGGAUCCCAGCAUCCUGAACAAAAUCCUAAGCUUCUACUUUUCUCAAAUGGGAUUAUUCUUCACCGGGGCGCUGUUAAGGGAUGGCUUGAAAGUCCUACGGUCAUACGUCUUUCCGUCAACAUAUUAUUCCGGAAACCGUCAGUGGAGAGUGAAUCAAUUCAAGUGUCUGGCCUCAGCUAUUGAGAAUGAAGAAAGUUCAGAUACCGCAAUCCAUGUCGAGCGGAAAUCUCCCCUCCCAGGCUUUCUCGGUGCCAUCCCCUUGCCAGUUACGAUUCAGGACUCAUUGUGGACUCUACGCGCCCUGAUAUAUCAGAAAUUGCAGCUGCGAGUUAAGGCACUACAUCUUUUCAACAUAAAGAUCCGAUAUGAUAUGCUGGAUGUUACUGCAGCCUUCACAUCUUUGGUUGCCGUCACAUAUUUCGCCUUUUACGCAAAACCAUGGUGGCUGACAAACCUUUUGGGGUUCAGCUUCUGCUAUGGUUCGCUACAGGUCAUAUCACCGUCGACGUUUACUACAGGGUCUCUAAUUUUGACGUCGCUGUUUCUUUACGAUAUAUACUUUGUCUUCUUCACUCCAUUGAUGGUGACGGUAGCAACUAAGCUCGAUGUUCCUAUCAAGAUGGUGUUUCCUCGUCCAGCUGGCCCUAAUGAAGAUCCCAACGAGUUGUCUCUCGCUAUGCUAGGACUAGGUGAUAUUGUGGUCCCUGGUAUGAUCAUUGGUCUUGCUCUGAGAUUUGAUCUCUUCUUGUAUUACAAGUAUAAGAGCAUACUGAAGUCUAGAAAAGAAUCUUCGGCAGAAGGGGCUGAGAAGGCUAUCUAUCAGCGAGCAACUGGGGGAUGGGGUGAGCGGUUUUGGACGCGCUCGAAGCCUUCCAAAUCAUUGUCAUUACAACCUCCUUAUCCAGAUGCACAGUCUUUCCCCAAACCUUACUUUUACGCCAGUAUUGUCGGGUAUAUCAUCGGGAUGGUGGCUACUUUGAUCGCUAUGCAAUUCUCUCACCAUGCUCAACCCGCGCUUCUCUAUCUCGUCCCUGGUGUCCUCAUAUCGUUGUGGAGUACUGCUUAUUUUAGGAAAGAGCUUGACUCCAUGUGGUCAUUCUCCGAUAUGAUGGAGGAUGAAGAACCGAAGGCAAACAUCCAAGAAGAUCAAGGAAGGGAGAAAAAGGAGGCUGCCGUCAGAUCGGGGCUUUUUGCUCGUAUCUGGUCAGGCGAUCUCAAGUCUCAGUUCGACAAUGUCGAAGUUCAUAAAGACGACGAAGAGGAGAAGGAGUCAGAGGUUGAGAGCCUGUCUGAUAGCCAAAAGAAAUCCGACACGCAACCAGGGGAUGCUGUGCCUUCAAAGGCAGAAAUAGAAGGUGAAAUUUGCCUAUUCUCCAUGUCUGUUUCAGUGCUGCAGAAAAAGUGUUUGAUAGAUGGGUCUGGCGAGUAG